AAUUGUACAAAGCUGAAGCUGAACUCUGAAGCAGACAACCCGCGAGUGGAUCGAUUUAUUGUCGAAGCGAUGGAGCAUUCACUCUGCAACCCACCUGACAUUCUUCCUUCCGUGUCUCCUCGUCUUCUACUCCACAAAACCACUCUUACCCUCCCCUCCAUAGCAACCCCAAUUUUCAAACUCAAUAAUGGCCGUCCCCGUCUCCAACCCAGAAUGUCUCUCAUCACCAAGGCCGCACCACCGAGUCCCAAGCACCAUCAAUGGCGUACUAGAGCAUCCGCAGCUGAUUACGCGGCCUCGGCCGCAACGCCAGAGAUUGAUAUGGCGAAGAAUAGUGAUGGGGUAUGGGCUGCAAAGCAGAAGAAAGUGGUUGUUCUGUGGGACCUCGACAACAAGCCCCCCCGCGGCCCUCCCUACCAGGCCGCCAUGGCCUUAAGAGAGGUGGCUCAACGCUUCGGCGAAGUUGUUGACAUGUCCGCCUACGCCAACCGGCACGCUUUCAUUCAUCUCCCUCAAUGGGUCCUCGAAGAACGCCGCGACAGACGCCGCAUGGACAUCCUCGAACGCAAGGCCCUCUCCACCCCUGCUGAGCCCUACGUCUGCGGCGUCUGCGGUCGGAAGUGCCGCACCAACCUCGACCUCAAAAAGCACUUCAAGCAACUCCACGAGCGCGAGCGACAGAAGAAGCUUAAUAGAAUGCGUUCCCUCAAGGGCAAGAAGCGCCAGCGUUUCAAGGAGCGAUUCAUCAGUGGGAACCACAAGUAUGAGGAAGCUGCGAAGUCUUUGAUCACUCCUAAGGUUGGGUAUGGCCUUGCUUCGGAGCUUCGCCGUGCUGGGGUUUUUGUGAAGACUGUGGAAGAUAAACCCCAGGCGGCCGAUUGGGCGGUUAAGCGGCAGAUGCUGCAUUCCAUGAGCCGCGGUAUCGAUUGGUUGAUUUUGGUUUCUGACGACUCUGACUUCUCUGAUAUGCUCAGGAGAGCUCGGGAUUCUGAUCUGCGAACCGUUGUUGUGGGUGAUUGGCAAAGGGCUCUAGGCCGACAAGCUGAUUUAUGGGUUCCUUGGUUUGAGGUUGAGAACGGAGAGGUGGCGGAGGAGGACUUCAUGUCCGUCGGCAGGAGGACAGAUGAGUUCUCGGAUGAGGAUGAUGAUGGUCUGCUCUCCAUAGCGUAUUCUGAUGGAGAGAGCUAUGAUGGGAGCGAUUUGGAUCGUAUUACAGAUGAACUUGUUGUGAGAGACACUCAAUUCGGUAGUUUCAGGAUUUCGGCUUUUUCUGAAGGGGAAGAGGAGGAUUGGGUGACGGAGUGAGCUUGGCGAGGGAGGUCAUGGUCUUCUUGAUGAGACGGAUUUCUUUUGGGUGUAAUUAGUUUUAGGAAACAGUGGAGGAAGAUGGGUGCUUCUUAUUUAGCAGAGCCGCAACAGGUGUUCCUCUGGUCUUUCUGUGUAUACUCUGUCCAUUCAUUCUGGUUCAAUACUAAAUUAGAUUGAACGGUUUAGAAUUUAGAUUCCAAUAUGAUAUAGGAACUUGGGGAACCAGGGGAUUUCAACAAUAGAAAAGACUUCAAGUGACAAACAAUGGGUGCAGGUCCACUAUCUCUUUCUGCAAUUAUACAAUAUUAAUAACCGGGUGUUCUUGAGAAUGUAGAAAAAAUUUUGACCGUGGUUAAGCUGUUUUGACUGUGUUUUUGGUUUUUAAUUUUGUUUUCCCACCAGAUCAAUUUCCAAAGUUCAAAACUGUUUUUCCUAUCGAAGGCCUUUGCUGAAGUUUGAACUUGUCUGAAUUUUGGUUGCAGUUC